AUGGCAUCUACAUCCAACAAAAAGCCUGAAUGGAAGACGCGCUCGAACUUGAUUACCAAAGGCUUCUUCUACGAUGACGACAUCUCUAUAAAAGCCUUGCCUGACCAUGUUAAGGCCCUCCGAGAGUCAAUGCUCAACUUCAAGAACCAUGGGUUUAACCAAGAGCUUGAUGACAGGGAUAGAAGAAUCCGAGAUCGAGCUAAUGAUUGUGUAACGGGUGGUGUCUCUGAGCCGAACUGGAAACCCUUUUUUGAUAGGAGCUUCUUUACUCCGCUUGUAGAAAGAACUUCUAACGUGGACGGAGUGACACCAUACAAUAAUGGCAAUAACAACAUUGUAGGUGACACCGAGGCUCCGUGGGUAACAUUUGAUACCAAGCGCGGCAAGCUUGGUGAUUCAAUGCCUGAUGACUUCCGCAACGCGAGCGCUCCCAAACCGGACUACGCCUUUUAUUUUCCAAUGUAUCGGCUGACGGCCAGAAAUGAUAUAUCUCAACUGAAUCCUCGUUGUGUGAGAGGAGAUAGUGCUACGCCGAGCAACACGAUCAAGAGAGUUCUGGAGCCUCCUGAAGAAUCAACUUCCUCUUCUGUGGAGUCAUUCUCAUUCUCUGCCUUGAAAGAACUUUACCAGUACGGCUUACGACCCUCUCCUUUUAAUGCUUUCAAGAAAGGAGCAGAAGAAAAACACCUAAGGUGCUUUCCAUGGCUUAUUAUCGAGAUGAAGAAGAAACAUACCCAACGCGGGAAGAUCAACAAGUCAAAAGAGGAGGCAUCCUGCCAAGCUGUCAAUGGUAGCGGAUGCGCUGUAAGACUAAACCAGAUCGCUGCAAAGUUUGCUGUGGAACUGCCCGGUCAAGGACAAAUUCCUCCCAUCCCAGCCGUCACUACAGCUGGACCCGAAGUCAAGGUUUGGAUAACGUAUUUUGCUAAAAACUUCAUGGCAGAUCGUUUCCAUACAAAGAGAGGAGAGCAUCUCGAUCCCAUCGAUCAAGGUUAUAUGAUGCAAUGCAUUUGGACUGGAGAUAUGACAGACCUUAAGGACGUUAAGAAAUUCCGACUCAUACUCCAAAAUACUUAUGAUUGGGCAAUGCAGGUGUUCAAACCAAUGAUGAUCACCUAUAUUCGUCAAUGGGAGUUUGUCUACUCCGAAGCUGGCCGUAGCUUUGCGACUGCAGCAAUGGAGCGUGAACAACAGAGAAAGGAGCUGUCAAGAAAAGCACUUCGAUUCGUCUUGGCUGCUCUAGGUGAUGAAGCUGACCUCGAUGCUGACGAUGAUUUGCGUCGAGCUGCCAAGCUGAGGCUAGUGGACCUCUGCGAUACAUUUGUCCAAGAUACAGACCAAAUUAUUGCGGAAGAACUUGAGAAGCUACACUUGAAGAACUGUGAUGAUGAGGAAAAUGAGGAGAGUGAGGAAAGCGAGGAGAGCGAAGAGAGUGAGGAGAGCGAGGACGAAGACGAGGAUGAGGAAGAACUGGUAUGGGACCCUAUCAGGAGGAAAUAUGUGUGA